AUGAGCUACCUAUCAGCAAGGUCGCGAUCAUAUCGCGCCACCCGCAACGAUCCUCGAGCUUCAAUCUCAUCUCGCAACUCGUUUGACACACGACCAGCAGGUAGAACAUCUGGACCUUCAGGUUCCGCACAACAAGUCGUGGAUCUCACCCAUUCUGACGACGAGGCUGUACCAACUCCAGCUUCAACUUCGACUGGGGUCAUUGACUUGAUGUCGCCUUCACCUCCGCCGAGAACAUCACCUUUUGCUCCUCCGCGAGCACCUCCAGCAAAUCUUAGGAAGGAUAUACCAGAGGCUUCAGGCUCAGAAUCGAUUGCUUCAGCUUCAGCUUCAAGACUUUCAGCGGACCAGCCAAGCAAUGAUACCUCCACGGUAGCCAGUCCUACAAACAGUCCAGCACCAGCAGCUCUUCGCAAGGAAACUGAGACCGCUCAACGAACCCCAACUCCUCAAAUCAAAGAAUCACCUCGCUCAAGUGUGCAGAAAAAAUCUCAAGUUCAACCACCGCCACAAACCAGCAGCAAAGGAAAGACACCUGAAAUGCUCCCUCCAUCUGAUCCGAGUGUCCAAAAGGCACCUCAGGUGAAUUCAGCAUCCAGGUCCACCAGGUUUCGCAGCCAGGCAACCCCUCCAGUCAAAGAAUCAUCUCAGACACGAUCAAGCAAGCAAACAGCACCCGUUUCUCAGCCUGAAUCAGAGUCAGACCAGAAUCACGUUUCUGAACCUGAGCACCAGGCAUCUUCACCUUCAACAUCGUCAGAAGAGGAAGAACAGGAAGAAAUCGCCACCGUGUCUCCGUCAAGAAAUCUCCGCACUUCCCCUACGCCGUCAAGGAAAUCCGCACGGAGUACGAGAGAAUCGGACAAAUCUACUAUUAAUUCAAGCUCGCCGCUCAUACCCAGAUUGAAGGCACGAAGCGCAAGAGCGAAGGAAAACAGCCUUGCCGUUGAAGCUGAAAGUGCACCUUCCGGUAGCCAGGAUGUUUCUAUUGAGGAACCGUCUCGGGAAGAGCAGCUAUCUCAGCAAGAGCAACAAUCGCAGGAAGAGCAGCCAUCUCAAGAAGAGAACCCCAAAUUCGAGUGGAUCACAGCUUCUCUACAAUCCCUACAACAGGACAUGAGUGAUGAUCACUCAGAGUCGGUCGUAUGGCUAUUACGAGACGCUAGAGAAGGCAUUCAGAGCACCCCCGAUCUGGCAGUUGAUAAGGUCUCGCCUUUUGCUUCCUUGAAAAGUGUCCAAAUUGCAGCCAAAGAAAAGAUUCCAAAUGGAUUUGUGGCUGAAGCCCUGGAUUCUUUUGUUUAUCCCAAAUCCAGCAAGAUUACUAAGAGCAAGAGCACGCAACUUGCAAAGGCUAUCUGCGGAGAAACACCACGAGUUCCGAGGUACAGUUCGCAUACAAAUGUCACCCGUAACAUUCUGUCUCCAGAUUCCGUUAUGCUCAAAUACGUUCCAUACUUGGGAGAUGCGACCGCACCUACCAAUGCUGCCAAAGGGGACAAGGAUACCAACUAUAGAAGAUUGCUGAAAGAGCUGGAAGAAGCGUAUAGUCAUGGCCGCACUGUACCUACUCGACAAUCCGAACGGGCAUCUCGAAUCAGAGCCUAUCUGGAAGUAUUUCUUGCGGAAAACGAUAUUCAAUGCAAUAUGGAUAUCGUCAUUCGGUACAUGGUAAACAAAGAGGAAGCUCAAAAUCUGGGAUUGAGAGAUACGGAGCGGGAAAUGAUUCUGGAAUCUUUCGGUGGCCCUCUAAGCGAAGAGGCCGAGAGUGGUGCAAAGUUGUUCUGGCAGGCUUUCGACAAAGUUUUCGAGAUUGGUCUUCCUAACGUCAUGCUUCCUGCCAUCCUUCUGAAAGACAUGGUGGACGGUUUGAAGAAGGCAAAAACAAGUCCAGAGAACCAAGUAAUGGCUCCAGGUGAACGACUCGGUACCUACGCGGAACUGACCUGUCUGAUCUGUGGUGCGGUUGACUGUCAAACCCACGCAGACUAUACCCACGAAGAGAUAGCUCCCAUUGGUGGUUUUGAUGAUGAGGAUCAAGAGCCGGAAUAUUUGGAUCAUCGACAGUCUCUUCGCUUGCCCUAUAACGAUAUGUUGCGUCGUUACGACGUUCGCAAGAAAGCCGACGCUGCAUCUCAACCCGAGUUUGAUCUCCCAAGACGACCUAGCAGGAACCAACAUCCAUGCUCCCCGGAGUGCUACAGAAUUCAUGACCAAGAUGACGAAAGUUCUGAAGAGGUUGUCUGGUCCGAUAAGGAUAUAUACGCUCUUCAAGAAAUGCUGAUUAGCAUGACUGAUAAGAAUCACCGAGCUUGCCACAUUGCCUUCGCUUUGUCUCUCCCUUGCUGGCAGACCCAAAGUGCAAUCGAGGAGUAUGAAGAACAUAACGAUACAACCAGGACGGUACCGGAGCCAUUAGGACGUCCAAAGCGUCCCGAUUGGUACGAUGGUAGAAAGAAGACCCUUCACAACAACUUCGCCGACAUGACCAAAGCUCACCUCCAUCAAGAACGAUCACAAGCCAAUCCAUGUACCCACGAAGGCCACUGUACAUCCAAGUGCCCCUGUUACGGAGCCAACAUCCUCUGCGAGAGCUUCUGCGGCUGCGCCGACGACUGCCCCCGCAAGUUCACCGGCUGCUCCUGCCUCGGAAACGGCCUGACCUGCGUCGCCGAGUCCUGCAUCUGCAUCCAGAUGAACCGCGAAUGCGGCCCGCAAUGCAUCUCCUGCGGCGCCCACGCGCGCAUCAACCCGGCCAACAAGCACGACGACGCGCUCUUCACCCACGGCUGCCAGAACGUGCCUUUGCAGCGCGGCGUGCACAAGACGACCGUGGUGGGCGAGAGUCAACUUGUUGGCUUUGGCUUGUAUCUUGCGGAACCGGUUCGGAAGGGCGAGUUUAUUAGCGAGUAUACUGGAGAAGUCAUCUCCUCCCAAGAAGCCGAACGCCGCGGCAUCACCUACGACCGCAAAUUCCAAUCCUUCCUCUUCGACCUCAACCGCGACUACGUGAUCGACGCCGCGCAUCUGGGCAACAACACGCGCUUCAUCAACCACUCGGAGUACGACAAGAACGGGCUGAACUGCGAAGCGAAGAUCAUCCUCGUCAACGGCGAGCAUCGCAUUAAAUUCGUCGCGUUAAGGGAUGUGGAGGUCGGAGAGGAGCUGCUGUUUAAUUACGGCAAGAAGUUCGCGGAGAAGCAUGGGCUGAGUAAGACGUUGCCGAAGGCGAAGGAGGGGCGGAAGGGCGUUAUUGUGGGGGAGGAGGCCCUGGAUGCCUUGGAUGGGGUGGCGGAUCGGAAGAAGAGUGCUAGGGUUAAGGCGAAGGCGGCGAGGGGACGGCCGAGGGGGAGUCGGGGGAGGGCGAAUAAGAUGCGGAAGAUGGCUGCGCCGGCGAGGGUCGAGGUUGUUGAGGAGCCAGAGGUGGAGGAGGAUUUGUAUGCCGCGGAGAUGGAAGAGGAUGGUGAUGAGGAGGAGGGGAACGGGGAGGAUGAGGAAGAAGAGGCAGUGGUGGAGGAGGGUAGACGGAAGAGAAAGAUUAUUAGGCCGGCUAGGUAUACGAGAUGA